CACGACCGUCGGCUGGCGCUGGGUCGUUGCAUGAUGGGCCGUGAGCGCAGCAGAGUUUCCUGACCUUGCAGCCAAGCGACGUGCAAGCGUCGGCGGUGGAUCGCUAGGAUCAGUGUCUGUGUGCAGCUUGCUCUGCUCUCCUCUCCUUCACCUCCGUCGUUGUCCUUCGUUUUCCACCCCAAUUUGCAAUGGAUCAUUGAGCAGGGAGUCGAUUAUUCGCCGCGGAUUCGGCAUCAUCCUCUCCACUCCCUCUCCUUGCCGCUGGCCUUGUCAUAGGUGCUGUGACCGCUGCAAAUUGUGCUCCGGUCAGCCUCGACACCAGCACCACCUCGUCCUCAUCAAAAACGUCGACCUCUCCUCUUCGUUGAUCGUAGAGCUCCCUGACGUCCGCAUCCUCCCAACCGCUCCGACAUCUUGCACCAUCAACCUCGACGUCGACAGGUCUCGUGCCCACCUAUCAGCCUGCUCCUGGAUCGGCUCGUGUGCUGCCAUCAACUCGAAAGCUGCAAAUCAUUGUGCUCACUUCAGACAAGCUUCAGUCGACCACGUUGCAAUCUGUGCAGAAGAGUUACUCCCAUCCUACAAGGCCAGGAGUGACGGUUGCUCAGAUUCUUCGCAGACUCCUGCACGAUCACCCUCGAUCCACUCAGCAUUCACCAACACCUGUGGAGGCGUUAGCUCGCUCUCUGCACUUGGCACCCACAUCCCAGGCGACCGAGAACAAUCUGCUGGAACCUUGACCCAAUCGGUUACCUCACCGUGGCUCGCAAGGAGACGAUUCGUUCUGCAGCCCACCUCGCUCUCACCAAAUAGCAUCACAGUAAUCUAAUUCUCAAGGCCUCACCAGCCGUUGUCCAUAACACCUUCAUUCGGCUUUUCGUCGAACGAUCACUGUUCUGGAUUGUUCAUUCACUGGGUUCUACAAUACCAACUAAUCACGUUCAUUCACGACCGGCCUCGUAGUGAGGAUUCACACUCUUUAAUACAGUUCAACUGCUGGGCAUCCACUCUUUUGCACACCCGGAAAAUCUCGACUUGCGACGACUUGUCAAUCCUGGAGACUUGACAACACGUUCACCAACCGCACUGGAACCUCGUUACCAACAUGGCGUACCAACCUCAACAACAGUCUCAGCAACUAGCUGGCCCAAGAACCUUUGCCUCUUUCGGUUAUUGCGAUUCGUACUUCGUGGAAAGUCACGAUGACGAUGAAGGUAUCUUCGCACGAGCGGCUGCAGAACGUGAGCGGGCCCGCAACGUGGCCAAGCUCAGGCAAAAGGCCCUCGGUGAGGAAUUGUCACGAGCGACUGCCGACGAAUACCAGGAGGACGUUCUUGACCACAUGGAGCACAUGGAGACCGAAACCAUGCCCGACAUCCACUCGAUCGAGAUCCAAACUGAGAUUCAAUGGUUCAUGCGCCCGUACCUCCUGGACUUUCUGCUUGAAGCCCAUCACGCCUUCCAAUUGCUGCCGGAGACUCUGCACCUCGCUGUCAACCUGCUCGACCGAUACUGCUCAAGACGGGUGGUCUACAAGCGCCACUACCAGCUCGUUGGCUGUGCAGCGCUCCUCAUUGCCGCCAAGUACGGUGAUCGCAAGGAACGUGUACCCACGAUCCGGGAGCUGAAGUCCAUGUGCUGCUCACUCUAUGACGAUGACAUGUUCACCCAAAUGGAGUGGCACGUGCUGCAGACUCUGAACUGGGUCAUCGGCCAUCCUACAGUCACCAGCUUUCUGCAGCUUGCCCUGACGGAAGUCGCUUUCGAUCCUGAGCUGGAGCACAUGUCCUGGUAUAUUUCCGAGUUGGCCCUGUAUCACAAGGAGUUCAUCCCCUCCCGGCCAUCCGUUAUGGCUCGAUCUUCUCUCGCACUGGCUCGUUGCAUCCUCAACAGGCCGCAGUCCCGGUACGAUGAUUGGUCUGCACGAUACGAUCCUCAGGUGGUACUCAACCUGUCCAACCACCUGGCUCACCCUUCGCAAGCGCUCCUACGCAAGUACGCAUCGCCUCACUUGUCCUCUGUGUCAACAACCAUCGACCUGUUCCUCAAGCACCAGGCCAUGCUUGCUCAAUCACAGCGAGCUCAAAAUCAGACCCCUGUCAACGAGUCCCAAAUGGAAAUCGACUCUCAGCCCGGACCCAACUCGUAUCUCACACCACAAACGCCACAAAAGGUCGGCUAUCACGCCGGAUCGUUUGGCAUGCUGACACCACCCAUCACUCCGGACAAGGACCAGAUGGCCGUCAGCACUUAUGGUGCGAACCCAGCAUACGUGAACCGCGCAGCCCACUGUGUCCCUACUCCUCCCUCAGCGGGCGAACAAAUGCAUCACAACAACUUUGCGAUGCAACAACAAACGUACAUGUCGCAGCCACAGUUCGUGCAAUAGCGGACUUGGCCGUCAUCCCUUUGGCCAAACACCAAGGUCGGGCACAAGCCAGCUGCUUACGGCAGCAUCUGUUGUAUCAACAACUGUACAAGGAAAACAUCUCACAAUACGGUGGGACGUACCUAUUGUACGUGUAUGAACGUCAUAGCAUUCAGCACAGCAUUGAAGCGAGCGUUGCAUUUUUUGAGCAUUUUCUUUUGUGUGUAGCCUCCGCCACGUCGUUUUCAUGUAGCCAGCCAAAAAGAAGCUCGGCACAUAGACGGGACGGGGCAAGGAGGACAGCAUGUACGGGUAGUCUAUCUGGGUCGGGUACAUGGAGUCGGAGAGAUUCUGGAGCCCCCAAAAAGCAGAAAGCAUAUUUACCUCGUGGAAUCAGACUGAGCAAAAUGGAAGCCGGGAACAGAAUCAGAAGAUCGUUCACACGCACACAUACAAGGAUCCGGCGACGGGCGCCGGCAAGACUCGAUCUUGCACUUUUUUUAAGCGUUUUUUGCUAUCUGCACUCGGAUUCGAGUAGCAGCGACAGAUACCCCCCAUGUUUAUAAAAAAUGCCAUAAACAAUUCCGAAGUUCGCCC